AUCACAUAAAUACUAAACUUGCAACAUCAACAUUGGAGAUAGGUACCUAGGUAUAAAAUGACUUGGAUAUUAGGUACAUAGGGUACAAAGUAUUUAAAUGUACCUUCUACUUUAAAUUAUUUAUUCGUCUAGAUGGAAGUAUCGAUGACACUUGGUGUUACCUACCUAAGUACCUAUUUUAGCCGGAACUCUCUCACCAAUCAAUAUGAACAAACCUACCUGCUGCCACUUAACGCGUCUUAAAUAUUGAAAUCCUACCCCUCAACGCGUCUUCUAUGUACCUUAGCUAGGUACUUACCAAAACCACGGGAUCUCGCGCCAAAGCCAAAGCCAAAGCCGUAAGCCUCAGAGGAGUGACGCUAUAUAUAACUCCUUACAGCAAUGGCCUCUCUACAAAGCCAGCAGCCUCACGAAGAGCAGCAAUCAGUACCUCUCACCCAAGCUAACAACCUCUUAACUUCAUUCACUCAGUUCCUCACAAUUUGCAUCCAUAAUAUCCUCUACUACCGCUCUAUCUACCCAACUCAGACAUUUCUCACCAGCCGGGCAUAUAACCUACCGGUUCAUCAGUCAAGACAUCCGAAAGUAUGUUCUUGGAUCCGCGACGCUGUAGAUGCUGUAAAGGGGCAGCUCGUCCUAGGUGUCGUGGAGCGCAUUGCUAUAGUCAUAUAUGACGGACAGGCGAGAGUAAUGGAGCGAUGGAUGUUUGAUGUCGCUAAUUUCCCCGCAUGGAAAGGUUUCAAGGAAACGAGGGGGCCAAGAAUAGAAGAAGAAGACGAACUUGUUGAAGGGGUUGUCAAUGUUGAGGGCGGCGUAGAGGGAAAAGUAAAUUGGGCGAACGUAGACGAACAACUACGUGCUACUGUGAGGAAGCUAGCAUAUGCUGCUGAAAAGAUGACACCACUUCCAGAUGGAUGUACUUUUACUAUCGCAGUGGAAUUACGAGAUGAAGGUGAAGCGCCAAUAGGGCAUCCGCAACCUUGGAUACCCUCACAGUCAAACCUACAGACGAGAUCCAGAGACAACCCAGCACCUGGCCAAGACGUUGGGGGAGCUAAGACGACUCCCCUCCGUGCAGUAGAAGCCGGACCUUUAUUCUUUGAAUGCUGGGUUGAAGAAGGUAAAGCCAAAGAGCAAUUAUCAUCCCCCUCAUCAAGUGAAUAAAAUUUACAUCUCCAUGCUUUACUGCAACUUGUUCAGUGUGAGCUU